AUGUCAGGACACCACCACGUCACCCUUGCCGCCAACCCCCCCUACUUCGAUGGGGACAAGUCCAAAUAUAUGGGCUUUGUGGACUCGUGCACCACCUACAUUGGUGCUUAUUGGUCAGAAUUCUCGCAGGAUGAGACAAAAAUCCUCUUCAUCCUCUCCUACCUCCGCAAAGAGGCUGGCACAAGUUGCGCCGCCUCGAGAUGGGCAAUGAACUGGAAGCAGCACAACUUCGAAAGCCUCAAUGGACUGAAGGCUGGGGUCACCUCAACAACCUUCUUGGAGGAGCUUCAAAGGGCCUUUGGGGACUCCAAUGCGGAGCAAGUUGCUGCUGCUUGA